AGAAAGGAAAAUUUUAGAAGCAAAACCAUAGCUUUCACAUACAUGUUUUCAUUUUCACGCAAGUCCAUCGUAAGAAUGUCAAACGGUGAGGUCGGCAUUAAAGUGAACGGCCGUUUGGCCAUAUUCGCUGCUCAUCUAGCAGCAUUGCCACCCUCCUACCUCUCUUCUCCGUCGAUCAUUGAGCCAUGGUGCGUCUCUGCUCUGGCCGCCGCCUCCCUUGCCGGUUCCUUGAUCAUCAUUGACGAACGCACUGGGAAGAAGUAUCCGGUCCCCGUCUCUGCAGAAGGCACCGUUAAAGCGGUUGAUUUGAAGAAGAUAACGACCGGGAAGGAUGUCAAGGGGCUUAAAAUGUAUGACCCUGGCUAUUUGAACACUGCUCCUGUACGCUCAUCAAUUUCCUAUAUUGACGAGGAUCAGGGGAUCCUUCGAUACAGAGGCUACCCAAUUGAGGAGUUGGCCGAGAGCAGUUCCUUGUUAGAAGUGGAAGUAAAAGAUGAAGGUUUUGAGAUCGCGCAUGAUGGUAAACUUAUUACUGUAUUUUCUGCACCAAAUUAUUGUGAUCAGAGUGGAACUAAAGUAUAAUUUUUGUUACUUCAUCAUCCAUUGCCUAUAAAAUCAAAUUGCAUAGUUUUACAAAGUAGCUGAGCAAAGGGUAAAAGUCAGUAUUUCAUCUGGAAAUGUAGAUUCAUGUGUUUAUUGUAGGACUAGUAUAGCUGCUACAGAACUGUUCACCCUUUUUCUUUUUGGUUAUUAACGAAAACUAUUGGCUUACCACACCAACCUUGAAACUUCUUGUUGGUUGUUCAUUCCUUCUCUAGUUACUACCUUUGCUGUUAUGAUUCUAUGUAUAACUUGUUAACAUGGUUCUGCAAUCUGUUUCUGCUGAUGGGCAACAAGGGUGCUUUCAUUCAUUUUGAAGCCAAUCAUUGUUACAUUCUCAGCGGUGGUGGGUACCUUUGCAUUGUGAUAUCCCUUUUUAAACAUUGAAAUUACAUGUCAAAACACUCUCUGAAAAUACCUUUGUGUUUGUGAAUGACUGCCUCAUCCUGAUGUCAAGCCAAUGGCAUAUGCAAACAAUUUUCUUCAGUUGUUCCAAUAACUUACAUCUUUGUCUUGAAUGAUCUAUCUUCUAUGGUUUGGGGGAUACAAAAGCUCAACUGCUGAAGAGUAAGUUGCUUGAGCUAGAGAAAUGGUGCUUGUUGACAAUGCUUUGCUUUGACUAAUAGUUUUUCCUUUCAAGUAAUCCCUUGGAGGUACAUUCUUUCUACUACUUUUUGUUAGUUAGGAAUUAAGUUCAGGCAUUUCGUCCAUGGUUGAAAUUUUCCUUUGAUGUCAAUCAGAAAGGAAUCUGAUGGUGCCUUGUAAAAUGUAUGACCCCUUUUAUCCUUGUGUCUAUAAUAUUUGUUCCUAUUUAUCCAAACAAUAAAUUGGGUGUGUUUCU